UUUCCCGCACUGGAAAUGAAAUAAUUUACAAUGCGCAAACGCAAGAACUGUCAUGUCUUUUUAAAUCCCUUCCGGUUUUGUCAGUGGUAUUAAAAGUAUUGUUUUCGUCGAAAACAAAAUGAAGUUCAAUUCGUUAGUAACCUCAUCGAGGAGGAAAAAUCGCAAAAGGCAUUUUACAGCACCUUCACAUAUUAGAAGGCGAUUAAUGUCUGCACCAUUGUCUAAAGAACUUAGACAAAAAUAUAAUGUACGAUCAAUGCCUAUUCGAAAAGACGACGAAGUACAGGUUGUGCGUGGACACUACAAAGGCCACCAAGUUGGCAAAGUAAUCCAAGUUUACAGAAAAAAGUUUGUCAUUUACAUUGAAAGAAUUCAAAGAGAAAAAACCAAUGGAGCUACAGCUUAUGUUGGAAUCGACCCCUCAAAGACUGUUAUUGUCAAAUUGAAAAUGGACAAGGAUCGCAAAAAAAUUGUUGACAGAAGAGGUAAGGGUCGUCUUGCUGCUUUGGGUAAAGAUAAGGGAAAAUAUACAGAAGAAACAGCUGCAGCUAUGGAAACGUCGUAGAUUAAAACAUUACUUUUUUUGUACCACAAAAAUAAAGUGUUUUAAAUAUUUAA